CAAAGUAAUUUGAUUAGUUAUUGGACUCGUCCGGUGUUCAAAACGUGCUUUAACUUACUCGUCAAACCCCAUAGGAAGGGGAAACAGGCGUUAAUAUUAGCUAGUCCCGCUCGUUAUACUUUGAAUAGCUAACAGUUAGCAAAGUGGUCGGUUGGUUGUUUGCUAGCUAAACGCGUUGACAGCUAGUUACUGUGCUGUCGUUUUAUUUUCCUUUGAGACCAUAUUUAGAGGAAAUAAAAGACAGGUUAGCCAGUGAGAUGGAAGCUAAUUUUAGCCCCUGUACUGACUGUCUGUCAUCCUGCUUACUGGCUGCUUCCUCAUGCUAACAGGCUGUUUGCUAACAUUAGCCACCCUUUAAAACAGAUGUUUUUGUUAGAGUUAAAUUAAUAGUUGUCAGACACCCAGUCUACCAGACAGGACUGACAGUUUUAAAUGACUGUUUCCCCCUUUUUAUCGUUUCUAAAAGGUCAAACGUUUAUUACUCCAGCUCGUUUAAGAUCCCCUGUGUUCCUCUUUGACUAACUAAACUAACUGGCAAACAGCAAAUUAGUGUAAUUGAAUGUAACCUGUGAUGCGCUGUUAACACAUGUACGUGUUAAAGUAAAUCUGAAUAAACCAACCUAGUGCAUGAUGUGAGUUGCGAGGCCUUUUGAUGCUGCAAAUGGCUGCUGAUAUGGUGGACCUGAACUUGACCCUCAGGAGCCCCCAGUCUCAUCUUUUUGAGUCUGGGGAAAAUGUUGCCACAGAAUAUGAAUAUAUGGUAUCAUCUUCUAUGAGUUACCACUUUCACAGUGCUUUAGUCAAACAGCUGUAAGGAACAUGGAGAAGGAAGCAGCUGAGAAGAAGAUGGAUGGCGUUGACUCUGACGUGGAGUUCCCUGAUAGUGAUUCCAAAUCUAGUCAGGGGGAGGUCAGGGAGUCUGAUGAUGACUGCGAGCAGGAGGACAAAACAGCCUAUCUCAAAUCUCAGGGCACCUCAAACCCAUCCACUCCACAAGACUCUGGAAUUGGCAAGGCAGAGUAUUGUGGAUCUACAAAGGCCAAAGAGGAGGGCGAGGAGUCUUCAGAUGGGCUUGAGCAUGGCGGCACAGCAGAUCAUGAGAACUCGCAGGUUAUAAAUCAAGAAGAAGACGAAGCUGCAAAGGAGCAACACAUGAAUGGAGAGUCUGGUUGGAGAAAUGUGGGAAGUGGAAAGAGGUGCAAACUGAGGAGCAGCAGUUCUGUGUCAGAGCAGGGCAGUCAAAGUGCUUUUGCCUCCAUUCAAAAAGGCAGUCUUAUGUCUAGUGGUGGCAGGCACAAGCAGACCCGCAGACGUAGCAACCACCACCACCAUCAGAACCGGGGCCGUAGGCGCACAGGCAAACAGCUGGUCUUAGCUGUCAAGGAGAUGAUGUCAGAGUCUCUCAGCUUCUGGUGCAUCUCCUGUGUCCACAUGAUGAUUGAGAUUAUUGUCACUUUAACUCACAAUUGUGGAGUCGGUGUAGAGACUGGAGGCAUGAAGAUUUACAACUUUGUGCAGCAGCUCCUUGCAAAGAUUACAGAUAUACAAGGGAUGAAGGCGGAUGCUAGUCGGAUUCUGAAGGGGACUAGAUGCACUGCAGCAGACCUGGUUGAUAAAGUUGUUAGGUCAGUGAAGUGGGUAAAGACAGCUGCCUUAUCUUGUUUCAGACUUUUUUGUGCUUUGGUUAUUCUUGGGUCCCAGUGGGCAGUUGGUGCACUGGUCCGACUUGGUGGAGAGAGGGGAAAACGCUAUGGGACAGCUUUUCAGGAGUCAAGGAUUUGGAAGAGCAUGGUGUCCCUGUUGGAAAGGGGCCGAAGCUGGUUCAGGAGAGAUGGCCAUGUGCCACUGUCCACACCUGAGUCGCCCAGCAGAAUGGGAAGGGGGCAGCCGGGCCAGGAGCUGGAGAGACUGCUGGCUUUGGCUGAGGUACCAGAGGACGAGCUUGACCCCUUUACAGUGCUCGGUGUGGAGGUGCAUGCCACUGAGGCUGAGCUGAAAAAGGCCUACAGACAGCUGGCUGUCCAGGUCCAUCCAGACAAGAAUAAACACCCACGAGCUGGAGAGGCAUUCAAAGUACUGAGGGCUGCCUGGGAUAUUGUCAGUAACCCAGAAACACGAAGAGAGUAUGAGUUGAAGCGCAUGGCAGCAACUGAGCUCUCAAAGUCCAUGAACGAGUUUCUCACAAAACUGCAGGACGACCUGAAGGAAGCCAUGAACACCAUGAUGUGCACCAAGUGUGAAGGCAAACACAAGCGGUUUGAGAUGGAUCGUGACCCUGCUGAGGCACGCUUCUGUGCUGAAUGCAACCGUUGCCAUAGUGCUGAGGAGGGGGACCUGUGGGCUGAGUCCAGCAUGUUGGGCCUGCGCAUCACAUACUUUGCCUGUAUGGAUGGCAAGGUCUAUGAUAUUACAGAGUGGGCAGGGUGCCAAAGAAUAGGCAUUUCUCCUGACACACACCGUGUGCCCUAUCACAUCUCCUUUGGUUCAAAGAACAGUGGCAACGCCACGCGACACAGGGCACCCUCGGAGCACGCCACAGGUCCGACCAACCCUGCUGAUCUGCAGGACUUCUUCAACCGCAUCUUCAAAGGAGGGCCUCCUAAUGACAUGGCUGCCAAUGGGGGCUUCUUCCCCUCAGGUCCGCUGUAUCAUCACCCAUCUGGUGAUGGCGCACCCCCAUUCUCCCCUCCCCCAGGCCAGACAGGUUUCUACAUGCCGGGAGGUCACCGGCCAGAGUCCAGCGAGACGUGGGCUGAAAGUGGCAGACCGCCCAGGAGGAGGAAGAAGGUACGGAAGCCCUUCCAGAGGUGAAGUCUGCUGUCUUCUCAGUGUAUCGACACAGGGACACAAUAAAUAACAGCCAUGUUUAUCUCUGGCCUGUCUCUCGGUCUGCCAAGAUCUGAGCUGGAGAGGGGUCAUGUGGGUAUGGCUGCAGUCAGAUCAUCCAGAGGGGAGAGAAAGAGACAUGUAGACGAGUAUAGAAGGAGAGAGGAAGAGGUGGCAGUGAUGGUGCUUUACCUCUCAUUUUACCUUAUUUUGUGUUGGUCUUUAAGACGACUGUAGCCUUGGCAUCGAAAUUGUUACCGGGAUGCUGUAAUGAAACAUGUUCCUUCAUUAAUUUCCUGCCAACUCCAACAAUGCAUGAUUUUUUUCACCUGAAUUUUGACACUUAAGUUGUCUUAUUUUGUUGUUAGUGUUUUGUUUAAGCACUUCAGACAGUUGAAAACAGUCGCGGUCAGUGACUGUGAACUGCUGAUCGCUAUAAUUGACAUGGCAAAAAAAAAAAGAAUUGGGCAGCUUCACUGUCAGUGUUACAUCAGUGGCAUGUGGAUCUACAUCUAGGUCUGCACCCCACCCACCAUACCCCAGGAAUGAAUCCAAAGCAGCCAAACCCAACACAUCGGAAGUAAAUUUACAAAAACAGCAGCAAAUCUAGCCUGUGUGCAAGUUCCACAUUUGUGUUGGUGAUCCGACCUGAUAGGGGCCAGUUUUUAACAGUUGAAUCAGGGCAUUGUGUGGCUCUGUGUUGGUAGGCAUACAGAUGGCAAGAGCCGGUAUGCAUGGCUUGUCACAUGCAGGCACCCCCCUGCAUUAGAGAUCCACUGCGGUGUUUCAAAACUUUAAAGAUGUCCCCUUGACAUUUUGAAAUGAUAUAUUUGUAACGGUUAAAAAGAUGACAUAGAUUUAUACUGCCCCCUGUUGAUCCCCUGUGUAACUACACCGCUGACAUCUGACAUUUGAAUUAGGCCCUGUCAAAACAUGUCAGUCACAAGGUACAACAGCUGACGACCAAAUUUACUGAUGUCAUUUGAAAUCAGAAACUGUGCUGAUUUGUAAGUAUUGAC